UUCAUUUUCUCCGGUGAAUGCCUAAGUUAUAUAGACUCAAACUCGCCCUGCGACAUCUACGCGCUCUCCAGUAUACUGCCGAAGAUGUAUGCCAUUUGUUUUUAUGACAAAAAUACGCAAUUAGGCUAUAGUGAGCUGCUUGAUGUCGACUGCAAAGAGAUACUGUACUUUAUGCUCGUAUAUUAAAAAUGAAUUCAGAAUACCGGCUAAAGAUGCUCGUUCAUGAAAAAUGAAAGCACCCAUUCUUAGAACCAUAUCCGCUAUGAAGAGUGUCAACGCCUACCAAAUUAGAGAAACAUACCUCAUGUUACCAAUGGUUUGAGCGAAUUAUCGUUCAGAAAUAAAAAU